AUGAGCCGGUCAUUGUUCACAUCUAUCGCGCUUACAUAUACGGCAACGCUGUUACUUGUGGGAACAUCUAAAAUUGGUCAAGUUCACGCUUCUCCCACGGCGGACCUCGUUCAGCGACAAAACGAGGGUAUCACAUCCACUUCGAGAAAUAACGAAGUUUGUGGCUUUGACGGCAAUUCAGACAUGUAUGGGCUUGGUAUUCGAGUUGGUGUAUAUGUCCAAACGGCUACGACUAUAAUAGCGACAUGUCACAAACGAAAAGCAGCGUCCGACCUCGUUAAAACUGGGGGCCUCUUCCAGUUUGCUGCCCUUGUUGCUCUCAUCCAGCAGACCGUCAACAACGAGAAGCUCUACGCAGUCGAAGCGCUGGUCACAUAUCUCUUCUGCUUCACCUCUAUUGGCAUUAACUUGGCCGAGCCGAUUGAUAAAGUUCAAACCCAGAAUCGGUUAGAACAGAUCACUCUGCCAUCACUUGUUUCGAUGUUGAGACUUACUACGGCGCUCGGACUAGACUGUUAUCAGACGUGGUUUUGGUUUACUGGCCUUGACAAGUUGGAACGCACUCCAUGCAAGACCGAGACAUUCUUUCUGGCUCGCGUAAAUGCGCAUGGCCGCUUCAGGACGUUCGCCAAAAUAUGGUCCGUGUUUAUUAUGGCGGUUGUGACCUUCACCCUUUACCUUAAGUUGAGAAAAUCCAUCGAAGAAAAGAAAAAGCCAGCGGGAACCUCGACAACUCGAUCGCCUAUACCGAAAACAAAACCACCGGAUAUGUCCGGUCCUGAAUUUGUGCGGCUGCAUGUUAUGGGGGGUCUGAAGGUUGACGAUGACUUGAAUGGCCCCUGGAGACGGGUUAUGGCUUCAAGUAUUGUACCUGUUAUGGUCGUCUUGGCUGUUGAAUUGACGAUCCGGUGGAACAAUGUCCGCGGCGUCAACAAUAUCGACAGUGCACAUUCAUCGGAAUGGUCCUUAAUUGGUAUCCGGAUUCGGAAGAGGAACAGAAACAACAACAAAAAGUGA